GACUUCAUAGGUAAACAAAACUAGUUUUCGUCGAAUUGAUGAUUAAAUUCGUUAAAACUACAAAUAUUCCAAUUGCAUAAUAUCUAAACGUAAAUUAUAAUAUACUAUGAUAACAUAAUCAGCACCUAUCGUGCUCAUGCAAGAUUACGAUGAUUAAUUUCUACUAAAUUCUAUGACGAGACUACGAAGGCUCGAGUACCACAUAUGAGGCAAGCGACUAAUGUAAACAAUGAACAUAAACCCCGCUACUGUGACUCACAAAGACGAUGUUUCAUUAUCAUAUCACAAGCACAAGUUAACUUUAGUUGCACUCUGACACUCAACGCCGUUCUACGCUUUUACAAUUUCUCUCAUUACAGAACGACUAUACUAUCAACGUGAGACCGCGGUAUUUUCCUCAACGGGAACAAAGAGCUUCGUCAAUUAAUUUAGUGUUCCGCCAGCCUGUUGAUCGGGCCACGUGAAUGCAUACGUGAUGCGAGGCGAGCGUUCGUUCGCGGUAAAAAUCGAAUGCAAAAAUGAUUAAAAGGAACGGUGAUAAUGUAUUUGCGAUCGCGAGCAACAGCCCGUGUGCGGUGCGGAGCGCUGUCUCGCUCUGUCCGGGAGGCGGCGCGGCCACGAGGAUACCGCGCGCGACAGCGGCCAGGAUGACGCCGCCCGACGCGCACCACACCAAGGAAGCGAAUAUUGUUGCUGCAACUUACGUUGAAAAGUGGAAAAACCGAUAUGAAGAAUCCGAAAGAAAACACAAAUCCAGCCUACUCAAAUCCGAAAAAGCCAAACGCGAACAUGAAGACCUCCAGCGCCGCUUCAACCUGCUCUCGGACGAGCGCGCCCGCCUCGCGGGUUCACUCGCGGAGCGCGAGCGGGAACUCUCGGCGCUGCGAGACGUGUCCGAGAAGCUGUUCCAGGAGUACCAGCAGCUGCAGAACCAGAGGGAGGUGGACGAGCAGGUCAUGCAGAAGGUAAUGCAACAAGCUGGCGAAUGGUACAAACAAAACAAGCAACUGAAACGGCGGAGCCAGGCCAUCCUACACGCUCUGCCUGCGCAUGCCGAAAUCGACUUUACAGACUCCAACUCCACCGCUUCAGACACGAGCAGCAAUGAAGAGGUGGAGUUCCUAAAGCAGACCGUCUCUGACCUCAGCAAGCAAGUGGCUUCACUACAAGCUGAAUUAAGCGCGGCUCGAUUACAAGAGUUCGAGGCUCAUGAGUCUACCGCUGCACUUGCUCAGGAGCUAGACGCCGAGAAAGAGAAGACAGCUGCACAAGAGAAAGAGCUAGAAGAACUUAAGAGCCAGAUCGAGCGGCACCACAGAGUCUCCAAACUGUUGAUGGAAGAAGUGACAGCACUCAAAGAUCAUGCUGAUAAAGACAGAGAAAUGGCUGAAACCUACAAAUCGGAAGCCCGAGACGCCAAGAAGCGCGUUAAAGUGCUCACACACCAGAGCACCCUGCUCAUGGGAGAACUGGAGUUGGAUGAGAGACUGAACAUGCUCCUGGGGGAGGUGGACAGCUUAAGAGACGCGUUGGAACAGCAGGCGGUGAGACAUCGCGACCAGAUUGAAGACUUGCAGUUGAAACUAGCAGAAAAACACGAGGACACAGACAUUCUUUUAUGGGAAGAGAAGAUCAGACUAGCAGAAGAAGACGCGAGAAAAGCUGUGGAACGAGCAGAAAUAGCAGAAAGGAAACUUGCCGAAGAACGGAAUACAGUUGAUCAGAAAUUAGCAGAAGAAAGGAAGAUAGUAGAAGAAAGGAAGAUAGUAGAACAGAAGUUAGCAGAAGAAAGGAAGAUAGAACACAAGUUAGUAGAAGAACGAAACGGGAAGAAGUUAGAAGAACAAGUAGUAGAAGAUAGGAGGGAAGUGAGAAUUUCGCCGCCGAAGAAGGGUAGUCUAAUGUCGAGAAUUAGUUACUUUGAAGGUGGACCGAAAAGGGAAGAUAAGAGAGAAGAGCACCACCACCACCUCCCUCUCUUCCCGCUGUCCCGGCGUCUCCCACCCCCUCCCCUCCCCCCGCGCCAGUGUUCUCCCCCCCCGCCCCCUCCCAGCAUCCCCCCUCCCCCCACAGCGUUACCCCCUCCACCUCCACCUCCACCUCCGCCGCCGCCGCCGCCGCCAGCACCGGCAGUAUUCGUACCGACAGGGGGAAGUGACAUGGCGCAUAUGUUGGCCAGUAAGCAGGGUAACUUGAAGAAGAGCGUGCAGAAUGGAGGUGAUCCAGCGAUAGACUCAAUCGUGGACCAGAUUAAAGGCGGCAACUUCACCCUGCGGCGCCGCGACCAGAACUUCCUCGAGAAGAAACCCAAGGAGGAGCAACCUGAGGCCGUGAAGGAGAUGUUGGCUAUACUGGGAACGUUGAGGAAGAGGAGAGUUCAUAGACCGAGUUUGGUAGGGGUUGGGGAACAAGCAUGACAAGACAGUAUGAAGGAGGAGAUUAAGAAAAAACCUAAUUUAGCUUUUACCAUAGACUAAAGUCUUCCGGCGACCACGGCUUGUCAAUUAUUAAAGAUACAUCAUUAUUUAUAAGUACAUUAUUUACUUUCUAUUCGUCACAAUCUCAACUAGGAUACUAAAUUGUUAUUUAUGACACUUUCAUUGUAGACGAAAUUUAACUACAUUCGUGGUUUUUCACGUUAAUACGAGUUAAAAGGGAUUUAUAUUAUUUUUAAAUUGUUGGUAAGUAUUUUAUAUAAAUAUUGCCAAAUAACAAAAUGUUGCCAUUAAAAUACAUAUUUAUUCCAACAAGACAUGACAUUAUUUGUAUUUUAUAUGAAUUGUAAAGACAUUUUUGAUAAAAAUUUAUGCAUUUAGCCAGUUUUAGGCUGUUUUGAACAUUCUGAACGCUAUUGCUUCGCCAUUAAGGCUCAAUUUAGCUUGCAUUUUAUAUCUACUUUUAUUAUUUUAAAAGUAGAAUUUAGAUUGAAAUUAAAUCAAUGCCAACAUUUUUGUUGGACGUUUUACUAUUUAUGACAUUUCCUAUUUAAUUAUACUAAUAUUAUUAUUUAGUCUCAUAUUUUCAUAAAUAAAAAAGAAUUCCAUAAGUUGAACGUUUUUCUGUCGAAAUAAAUAUUUUCGUAUUUUUAUGUAUUUUCUAUACAUUGACAUAUCAUAUAACACUAUAAACUCUCGCGUUUUGUACACAUAUUUAAUUACACAAACGGGUCUACCGCGAUAUAAUUUCAUUGUUUUUACCUUAAGUUCCGACGUUUCAGCUGAGCGUUCGUUUGAGGUAAAAACAAUGAAAUUAUAUCGCGGUAGACCCGUUUGUGUAAUUAAAUAUAUUGACAUAUCAUGUUAAAAAUCUGAAUUUAAUAUCGGAGUUUCUAUUUAAAUAUAUGUUUCUUUUUGAUUGGUAUAUAAAUGAGACUUAACUAUUAAAUAAGUGAUAUUGAUCUGAAUACUCUAUAGAUCAUUAGUUGUUAUUGUUAAGUAAUUUAAGUAUACGUUAGUUAUAAGUAUAGUUACGUUGUAAAUUAAAUAUUAUAGUGAUAGGAGUAUAACUUAUUAGUAACAAGUCAAGAAAAAUCAUAACAAUUAUUGAUUUUCAUUCGGAAAAUUUCCAAAAUGACGAAAUUGCCACAUAAAAAAUUUUUGAAUCUUAUAUUCUGUAUGGGGAUCGAAAUUUCCGUUUCCAAAAUGAAAUUUCGCUGAGAAUUUUGGGAAAUUUUUCAACUUUUUAGUUGAGGAUAAAGAAGCCAAAUUUUUGGAUGUGUUAAAAAUAUAUAUUGACUUGUUAGUAAUAUUUUUUUAUGAAAUCCGAUUAUUUAAGCAACCAGACAAAAUCAAAUAUGUUUAAUAUUCUUAUUUUAAUGCCAGUAGAUAGGGAAAUAUUUCUAAAUUUUUUGACAUGUUUACUAAAACACAAGUUACCUUUGGUGCCAUUUCUGUCAAAUUAAAAUAAGACGAAGUAUUAUUAUUUAAGCUCUGUUUUCAUAUAACAGAUACUAAAAUGAUAGUUUAAUUAACCAAUUUAUAAAACUUUUCCUCCAAAUUUGCAUUAACAAGACAUUGGUUCGAAGAAGAGGGUAAUUAAAUUGUUAUUUUAGUAUUUAGGAUUUUGAAACAAGGUUUAUGUGUUAAGAGUAUUUUUGAACUUUUAUUAAAAUAAACGAUGUAUCGAUAAUAA